UCGCCAGGAAGAACCCCACCACCGCCGCCACCGCGCGCCUCGGACCAUGGCCACGGCGAUUGAGGACGAGGUCGAGGACGAGCUCGCCUCGCUCGCCUCUCUCCUCGGCGACUCGCUGCCGGCGGGCUGGCGCGACAGCGGCGACGUGGGCCUCUACCUGCGCGAGCUGAGCUCGCACGGCGUCGAGUGGCUGCGGCGGGAGCCCGAGCGCCUCGCCGAGGAGCGAGGCCGCGUCCAGCAGCAGACACGCGAACUCGCCUACCACGACCACGGCACCUUCGUGCAGACGGCCGAGUGCUCGGCGCGGGUGCUGCGCGACUUCGGCGACGUGGAGGCGCGCCUGGGGGCCCUGCUCGACAAGCUGCCCGCCUUCGGCGAGCGCUGCCGACGCUUCGCGCGCGACGCCGAAGGCCUCGGGGCCCAGCGGCGCACGAACGCGCUGACGCUGGGCCGCCACACCGAGCUGCUGGAGCUGCUCGAGGCGCCGCAGCUCAUGGACACGUGCGUGCGCAACGCCUACUACGACGAGGCGCUGGAGCUGCUCGAGUACGUGAAGCGCCUUGAGAAGCGCCACGCCUCCAUCCCCGUGGUGGCCGCCAUCGUGAGCGAGGUGCGCGCCUCCGCGCAGCUCAUGCUGAGCCAGCUGCUGCAGCAGCUGCGCACGGCGCUGGCGCUGCCCGCGUGCCUCCGCGCCGUGGGCUACCUGCGCCGCAUGCGCGCCUUCUCCGAGGCCGAGCUGCGCCUCAAGUUCCUGCAGGCGCGCGACGCCUGGCUCGCCGCGGUGCUGUCGGCGUUGCCGCGCGACGACCCCUACGCCCACGUCGCCAAGACGGUGGAGGCCUGCCGCGUGCACCUCUUCGACGUCGUCACGCAGUACCGCGCCGUCUUCGCCGACGACGACGCGCCGCACGAGGCUUCGUCGUCGGGCGGCGGCGUCAGCGAGCGGGACCCGGCCCGCGAGGGGGCCCUCUUCCACGCGUGGGUGGCGCGCAAGGUGGCGGACUUCCUCGCGACGCUGCGCGCGGCCCUCCGCGCCGGCGUGGGCCCGCGUCUCGACGCCCUCGUGGGCCAGUGCUUCUACUUCGGCCUGUCGUUCGGGCGCGUGGGCGCCGACUUCCGCGCGCUGCUGGCGCCGCUCUUCCAGGAGGCGGCACGCGAGGCGCUGGCGCGGGCGCUGGCCGAGGCGGGCGACGCGUUCCGGGACGACAUGGACGCCUACACGCUCGUGGCGACGCCGCUCAAGCUGACGGGCGGCGCGGGAAUCCGCCCGGAGAGAGGGGUUGGCGCCCAGGGUGCGACAACCUCGCAGCAGGCCGGAGCGUUGUUGCAGCCGCCGGCGACGCUCAUGGACUUCCCGCCGCUGGCGUACUUCCUCAACAACGUCCUGGCGGCGUUCAACGAGCUGCGGCUGUGCUGCCCGCUCGCCCUGGCGGAGGAUGUUGGGGCCUGCGUGGAGGCCACGCUGGUUGGGGCGGUGGACGCGGUGCUGGCAUUCCACCGCGCGGAGGAGCCGGCGAUGAGUGCCCGCGAGGCGGAGCUGUUUGCGCGCUUCUGCGCUGCGCUGGCGCGGGAGCUGGCGCCGCACGUCGACCGCUGCCUGCAGGCACUGUUCCCCCCCGCGGAGCUCGCACGCGCACUCGGUGUCCCGCUGGUCCAUCUCUCGCGCCUGGGCCACCUCGGCCGCUUGGACGUGGAGGCCAUCAUCGCCCCCCUGGCGCCGCUGCUCCCUCCCGCACCGCCCGAGCUGCCCCCCCUCACGCCGCCACCGCCCGUGCCGGCGCCCCCCCAGUCGGGGCCCCCGCCUCUCCCGCCCGCAAGCAGUGGCUCGCCCGCAAGCAGUGGCUCGCCCCAACCGAUCGCCGUCCUCGCGUCGGUCCCCCCCAUCCUCCCGGGCGGCCCGCCGCUUGCCACCGAGGCCCAGCCCCCGCCGCGGGACCCAAGUCCUGUUUCGGACGCUCCGUCCGGAACAACGCCGGCCCCCCAAGAUGCCCAAACAGCAGCGGCGGAAGAAGAAGAAGAAGAAGAAGGAGAAGGGCCCCCCACGAUUUCAGGGAGCCAGGCGGAGGAGGAUUGAGAGAUAAUCGAGGUUGAGGCAGCUUGUAGUGACGUCGUGCUGCCGACCCCCCUCCACUGAGUGAGACUGGUGGUGACCCCGGGGGGGGGGUGUUGGAGGGGGCUGAUGACCUCUGCUCGGUUCGCAAAGGUCACAACGGCCGUAGGAGAGCGGCGUUUUUGAAGCAGCUCAUCACCUGGGACCGCGGCGCUCACUCUGGUGGCAACGUUUUGAUCCCGAAGAGAGGGUGGAGGUUGGUGGGCGGGAGGUGGUUGGGGGGUGGUGGGGGUGUUAAGGAUUUGGGAGAUGGUGGUGCAGCAGAAGGAGACCAUUUUAUAUGUCGGUGUUCGUCUGGGGUCAGACUCGCACUGUAAUUGUCAACGGGUUCGUGGCAGCGAUGUUAGAGUUUGGGAGGAGGCAAGUCACCAUGGGUGUGGGGGUGGUGCUCUAUCGAGUCGACCAUUUCCCCAUGAGAACUCUUAAUUGUUGGCUAGGGGGCACAGCUUAUGGCUCAUGUCCUCUGUCUGAAAGUUGUUUGUGGGGGGGGGGCACAGCUGUUCCCUCUGCCCCCCCCUCCCCGUGUUGUUGUUGAGUUGCGUGCUCACUGCUGUUGUGCGUUCCCGCACUGACAUUUGAUUGGAAGCUCUGGGCUGAGCGUGUCGCAGAUCGGGAGAUAACACCGUGUUUGUGGGUUGUGUAACGCGUGUUGCAACAGUGGGUGGGUGGUGGGUGUGUGGGCGCGUGUGUACGAGCGCGCGGGGAGCGGUGGCGCAGCGGUUAGCGCCACCGCUUGGCUGUGUAGCGCCGCGACCCACGUUGGAUUCGCGCUCACGACUUAACGUCCGUGACGAAUAAUCUGAACCGGUUCCCAGGGGCUCACCCGAGUCGACUCGGCCGUAAAUGAGUACGUGCCUGGUGCGGUACUUAUUAGACAUCAGCACUGGGGAGGCAAAGGGGGCCGGGGGCGAGGUGGCUGGCCACCCACCGCCGGUGCGUGCCUUCUCGGUGCUCACCAAUGGCACUUGCCCCCAGCACCCUGUUGGAGGCUAUACGGGGGAGCUUUGUCUUUGUGCGUGCUGGGUGUCCCCAUCUGACCGGUCGCUCAUUGCGGCAGGGACCCGGGGACUGCGUGGAGGACUCGACACGGUGUGCCACUUAGUCCAGGGGUGGCAGCAGCAGAAGGUGGUAACUGCAUAAACUGGCCAAGCCUUGCAAUAAAAACAACAUGACACA